AUGAAGGAGGUUGAAGAGAAGCAUCUGACUCCCCCUUCCCUGCUGCUGUUCUGGCGCUAUAGAAAGCUGCUCGUGCUGCUGCUUCUGCUGCUCGUUCCGGGACCCGGCGGCGCCUCCGAGAUCACCUUCGAGCUGCCCGACAAUGCCAAGCAGUGUUUCUACGAGGACAUCACGCAAGGCACCAAGUGCACCCUCGAGUUCCAGGUGAUUACUGGUGGUCACUAUGAUGUAGAUUGUCGAUUAGAAGAUCCUGAUGGUAAUGUGUUAUACAAGGAGAUGAAGAAACAGUAUGACAGUUUUACUUUCGCAGCCUCCAAAAAUGGGACAUACAAAUUUUGCUUCAGCAAUGAAUUUUCUACGUUCACACAUAAAACCGUAUAUUUUGAUUUUCAAGUUGGAGAAGACCCCCCUUUGUUUCCUAGUGAGAACCGAGUCAGUGCUCUUACCCAGAUGGAAUCUGCCUGUGUUUCGAUUCAUGAAGCUCUGAAGUCUGUCAUUGACUAUCAGACUCAUUUCCGCUUGAGAGAAGCUCAAGGCCGAAGCCGAGCAGAGGAUUUAAAUACAAGAGUGGCCUAUUGGUCAGUAGGAGAAGCCCUCAUUCUUCUGGUGGUUAGCAUAGGGCAGGUAUUUCUUCUGAAAAGCUUUUUCUCUGAUAAAAGAACCACCACAACUCGUGUUGGAUCAUAACUACGUUUUGGGAAUUGAUGCACCAUUGCCACUGUAAUAUUGCUGUCCUCUAAUUAAUUUUAGGUAACUGAAGAACUUAAUAUUGGCAACAUUUUAAAAACAUUACUCAUAUACUUGUUUGGGGGAAUACACAAUGCAUAUCCCAAACUAUGGAAAGGACACCUUUUUUUAUUUGUAAAGGUAUAAAAACUUUGGAACUUAUUUUGGGCUAUUCGUGUUAAAUAUUCAACACCAAUACACCAGUGAUCUCUUUUCUUGGUUGUUUAUAUCUAUUCUUCGCACACUAAACUUUGGUAUUUUGAUUCCUUUUUGCCAUUUUAAAACUACUUUUCUUAUAGGUAGUGAAUAUUUUUAAGACCUUCGAUUUAAUAUCUACAUGUGUUAUGGAGGAAGAAAAUUGCCUUUUAAUUGUUUAUAGUAAAUUACGUUUUGUUUUUCAGAAAACCAAAUGUGACUCACUAUAGCCCAAGCCCUAUUGUGCACUGUUUAAUUUUCAUGGGGGAAAUAUCUACCGUAGAAAUGUUUGUUAAUAUUGAUAUAAUUUUUAAUUGAUACAUCAUGGUAUAACUUAUUUUUCACUAGCUUGGAAAAUGUCAGAUUUUUGGUUUUGGGGUUUAUUCUAUGACUUAUAACCAGAUAUAUUAUUUUUUUCAUAAAGACAUUCUUACCACAUAGAAAAUAGUAUGUUUCAGUAGCAUAAUAGAGUUUUCAGGCCUUAAAAAUCAGAUUUUCAUACCAGUGAGAAUAAAUACAGAAUAAUUUAAGGUACUGCAAUGUCUUAUAGUGUAGGGGCAAAUGAAAUACGAAAAAUUUUAUUGAGUUAUCUGCACCCAUUACAUUUUCGGUGCUUUUACAAAGAAAAAAGGUGAUCUGUUUCAUUUAAACAUUUAAUUGGCUUGUUCUUGCCAUUAUGUGGCUUUAAUGUUUUUGAGUCAUUCCCAGCUUAAAUUGAUAAUUGUAAUAUUAGUAUCAUAAAAGUGCCAUUCAUUUAAUCCCAAUAGGUGUGAUGCACUGAGAAGUUAGUUUCUUUGGAUUUUUUUUUCUUUCUCUUUUCCUUUUCUAUUCUUUUUUUGUCUUGCAUAUGUAAUUUGUAUAAUUUCUGGUUAGCAUCCAAAGAUUUAAAAAUUUAGAAUGCUGUGUGUGUUUUUUAUUUGAUUGUACUGCAUUUAAUGAAUAUUAAAUAGUGCAUAUUCUGUACACUGUAUGGUUUAGAAUGUGUUUGUAUUUUAUAACAUAGAUUGAGCUGACUGGAAUAAGAUUUUGUUCUAAGAUAGAAUACAAGAUAUUGUAAAAUUGUGUAAGUGUUUAAAGCUUUUCUGCUAUAAAAAAAAAUAUAUGCAACUACUUUUUGCCAUGCCUCCCUUCCCCACCCAAAGUGAUAAGUGCUGAAAAAGACUCAUAUUGUACAGACUUUGAUAUGUGGUGCCAUGGAAUACUGAUUGGAUAGCAAUUCUAGUCACCACUACUGACUAAAAGUUAACUCAACUUUAAGCUGUCUUAAAAUGCGUAUAUACGUAUAUUACUGCAUGUAAGAGCAAAAAGGAAUUAAAGUUGUCAUGCUGGCUAAUUUCAAAUGCUGCAAUGUAGCAAGGGAUAAACAUGUUUUCAACUUUAACCCUUUAAUUCUAAAAUUUUUUAAGACCAAAUAAGCUAAUCCUUAAUAUCAGAUUAAAAACUGAAGUUUAAGAUUUUGCAGUUUUAUCACUUGGAUUCUUAUGUGGGAGUUGUCCCACAGCUUUAUAAGUGUCCCUCUAUAUUGAGAUUUGGAAAUUUUAAACACUAAUGUUAAUGUGAUUCAUAAGCAUGGGUGUGUCUUAAAUGUCCUUUCUGGUUACCUGUCUGCUCUUUUUUGUUCAGAUACUUAGACCAUAAGCAGAGUCAGGUACCAUUAGUGUGCUGAGUUUGGCAUAGAUAAUGUAGUGAUUUCAUCUGUGCCUAUCAGAAUUUCAUAAUAUUAGACUAUUGCUACAAAUAACUUUUGAUGAAACUAUUUAGAUAUAUUAAUAUGUUUGAAAUCACCACUGCUGCCUGUCGUAGAAAAUAGUACAGGCUUAGUCUAAUCUGUAUGUAACUGGUUAAUGUUUGAUGGCUACCUAUACUCAACUGAGUAUGUAUAUAUAAAUGGAAGACUACAGAUUUAGCCAGACAUAAGUGUUAAGUAAACUUUUUUCUUCCUCCUAUAUAA